CUGAGCUGUUCGUCGUCGCUCCAGUGAUCGGUUCUUGUGUUGUCAAGUUGGAAAAAAAUUGGUGACCGUUUCUGUGCGCGUUAAUUUACCCCCGGAAAGUGACUGAAAUCCGGUCCGUAAGUGGCUGAAAACGUCGUACUGUUCCGUGGCCAUCGUUUGCGCUAGCAGUUUGGCGGGUGCGCGCGGGUUUUGAACGUGAAAAUCCGUUCGGACAAAAGUGAAGUUUUUUUUUUCUUUCAUUUUGCUCUGCGGUGGAGUGAAUUGGAUUUUUUUUUGCUUCUGUGAGUGAACGAACGAUCCGAACGUUGAACGACGAAGUGAAGAGGGAAGCAGAUGCGGGGGUGCGGAAGAACCCAAGAGUGUUGGAUAGUGAAGUUUCCGUGCACAGCGCGCGCUAGUCGCUGUUCUUCGCGGCGCGGAAUUAUAUUGGCAUGAGUUAUUACCCCAUCAUGGGAGAGUUGUAAAAUGUUACUGGCUUUUGUCGGGGAGAGAGAGAGAGGCAUGCUGCUGUUAUGGUGAAAAAUUGUUGUUAGCUCAAGUUGGAAUUAUUCACGAAAAAAUAAUCUACUCGAAAUUGUGGAAGCAUGUUGAUAAUUGAUAGAGCUGAUUUGUGUUUCGCGCGGCAGUGAUUUCGGUUGGGCCAAGUGUAAGCGUUCGGUGUUCGGGGCAGUCGCAGUGAGUGAGAUUAUAAAUUGUGGUGUUUCGAUUUCGUGAAGUGAAACUAGUAAGAAGAAAACGAAGAAUAAGACACAGUAGGGCGGCAAUCAAUCCGGUGGCCGGGCAGAGGGAGCUACAGAAGCAUGGAAACUGUGGUAGCCUCGGCCGACGUUUUCCGCACCGUAGUCGUUGGAAUAGAAUCGAGUCCAAUCCAGGUCCCGGAGUUGUUAUUCGCUGACGGUGGGCGACAGCAGCUGAAACUGAAACAACGACGGCUACAACAAAGCUAAUGAGCUCGGUCUAUCUCCCUGUCUCUCUCGCUCGGUGGAUUCCUGAAGAGUUCACUCGCAUUGCCAUGCCACCACCACCGCCGCCACCGUCCUCAUCAUGUUGUUGCUCGUUGCUACUUCUUCGUCGUCAAAUUCGACUCCUACCAGUUCGCGGUUGCCACUGAAGAAGCGCAAGAAGAAGCCCACGAUAAUGAAUGAAGAGAAGAAUAAAAAUAAAAUUAAAAAUUAAGAUAAUAUAAACGAUCAUCAUCAAGAAGCUCAAACAACAGAGCCGGGAAAAGUAAGAAGCUAGAAAACGAAGAAAAUCAGGAUCAAGAAUCUUAGUCGCUUGCGCAUCACGACCGACCAACGAAAGAAGAAGAAGAAUACAACGUGAAGUGAAAGAACCCAUCUCGAAGAACUAGGGGAAAAACGACCCAGCGAGUCAACUAUUUCCAAAGAGCUCCUACAAGAAGCUACGGCUACAGCAGCAGCAGCUCUUCGUCAUCAUCAUUUUUCAUCAUUCCCGCUCGUUGUCGCCGCCUUGCUGCUCCCGACGUCUCCGACGAAGAAUUCGGUUGUGCUGAGCGUCGACCACGACGACCUGUUGGGCGAAACCAGGAAAACAGAGAUCCGAUAAUAUGGAUAAAUAUCGGCCGCUGCUCGUGCUCGUGUUCUACAUUCUCAACCACAAGCUAGAUGGCGUUGCCAGCGAUCAAGUUGUCCUGCUCGAUACCACCAAGGAAGCGACGCUGGAGUGGACCCGGUACCCGUAUGGACCGCAAGCGCAGACACCUGGUUGGGUGGAGGAAUCGUUCACCAACUUUGUGAAGGGUAUCAACUGGCGCAGCUACGUGGUGUGCGAUGUGGCGUACAACAACGUCAACAACUGGCUGUGGUCACCGUUCAUCGACCGGGGUCCGGCCAACCGGCUCUACAUCGAGAUCCACUUCACCAUCCGGGACUGUUCGCUGUUCCCGGGCAAUGCGUUGUCCUGCAAGGAGACGUUCAGUUUGCUGUUCUAUGAGUUCGAUGCAGCUACGCGGGAACCGCCUCCCUGGCAGCCGGAGAGCUACAAGCUGAUCGGAAGGAUAGCUGCCGGGGAGGGCCGCUUCAAUCAGAACUCCGACGUGGAUAUCAACGUGGAGGUGAAGAGUAUAGCCGUUACCAAGAAGGGGGUAUACUUUGCGUUCCGAGAUCAGGGAGCGUGCAUCAGUGUGCUGGCCGUGAAGGUGUACUACAUCACGUGUCCGGCCGUGACGAUCAAUUUUGCACAUUUCAACGAAACGCCGACGGGGAGGGAGAUUACGAUCAUCGAGCAGCAGACGGGGACGUGUGUGGAGAAUGCCGAGACAUACGAAACGCCCAACUAUCUGUGCAAGGGCGAUGGCAAGUGGACGAUCUUGAGCGGUGGGUGUCGCUGCAAGGUCGGGUACGAGCCAGAUCACGAAAAGCAGACGUGCAAUGUCUGCCCGGUUGGCAAGUUCCGUUCGGCGGAAGUCGAAUCCUGUACGAUUUGUCCGUUGAGUUCGAAAACCAACAAAAUCGGAUCGCCGUUCUGUCCCUGUCUUAGCGGGCACUACCGACAUCCUAGGGAUGGGAAGCAUAUGCCCUGCUAUAAACCUCCGGGACCACCGACGAAUCUCACGCUGCUGUUUAUCGAUCAAACCAGUGCGAUCCUGUCGUGGAAUGCUCCGCAACGGGCAGUCGAUGAACAGGUGGACACCAAGUACCGAAGCGAUAUCGUUUUCCGGAUAAAGUGUUCCGCUUGUACGUCGAAUGUCGUGUUCAACCCGUCCACGGAGACGUUCAACGAUACGAAGCUGACGCUGACGAAUCUGGAACCGGUUACAACCUACACGGUGCAGAUUCACUCGCAGCACGGCGUGUCCUAUCUGAUCAAUCCGGAAGGGCAGGGUGCCGGUGCUGCUGGGUACGACAAUAGCAGCAGUGGAGGCUUCAACAACAAUCACUAUCACCACGCGACGGAACCGCCGAACCUGGGCCGGUCGUCGGAUUUGGACGACAUCAAGACGGAGUUUGCGGAGAUUACCUUUACGACUGAGUCGGCCAUUCUCAGCACGGUGUUCAAUGUGAAAGUGAUCUCCAUCACCAACAAGGAGGUAGACCUGGUGUGGGACAAACCGAUGCACAGCGACUCCCCGAUCGAGUACUACGAGGUCCGGUGGUUCCCCAAAUCGGAGGUGGACGCCAUGAACAAAUCGGUGCUGAGCACCAAAGAAUCCAAGAUUCACAUCAGCGACCUGCAGGAGAAUACCGAAUAUGGUUUCCAGGUGCGCUGCAAGACCCUGAACGGGUGGGGCACCUUCAGUAACAUCGUCUACGCCCAGACGCACCAGAGCGUCAGUCCAGUGUAUGAUGAUUCCUUCCAAAUGCGAAUUGUUGCUGGUUCAACAGUUGCAGUUGUCUUCAUCUUAGUAUUAGUGAUCGUCGUCACCGUCCUAUUCCUGCGCUCCAAGAGCCACGAUGACAUCGACAAGAAAACCAACAAUCAUCUCCCACUGCCGUUGGACUACGCCAGCAACGAAGUUCACGCAAUGGACACGACGCCGAUCGUGAAAACGAUGAAAAACAAUGGUGGUUCUUACGGGUAUUACCGACAACGUCGUAAUAAUUUUGCAGUGACCACGCCACUGUUCGGCACCAGCAGAAGCUACGUCGAUCCGCACACGUACGAGGACCCAAACCAGGCGAUCCGCGAGUUUGCGCGCGAAAUCGAUGCCAGCUACAUCACGAUCGAGGCCAUCAUCGGUGGCGGCGAGUUCGGUGACGUGUGCCGAGGGAGGCUGAAGAUCCCGCCGAACUUUGUGCAGGAAAUUGACGUUGCCAUCAAGACGCUCAAGCCGGGCUCGUCGGAGAAGGCACGGUGCGAUUUCCUCACCGAGGCCUCCAUCAUGGGUCAGUUCGACCAUCCGAAUGUGAUCUACCUGCAGGGGGUGGUGACCCGAUCGAACCCGGUCAUGAUCAUCACCGAGUACAUGGAAAACGGCAGUCUGGACACGUUCCUCCGGGCCAACGAUGGCAAGUUCCAGACGCUGCAGCUGAUCGGAAUGCUACGGGGGAUCGCCGCCGGAAUGUCCUAUCUCAGUGACAUGAACUACGUGCACCGGGACCUGGCGGCACGCAAUGUUCUAGUUAAUUCCUCACUAGUGUGUAAGAUUGCCGACUUUGGGCUGUCCCGGGAGAUCGAGAACGCGAGCGACGCGUACACGACGAGGGGCGGUAAAAUCCCGGUACGCUGGACGGCCCCGGAGGCGAUAGCGUUUAGGAAAUUCACGUCCGCCUCGGACGUGUGGUCCUACGGCGUGGUGCUGUGGGAGGUGAUGUCGUACGGCGAGCGGCCGUACUGGAACUGGUCGAAUCAGGAUGUGAUAAAGAGCAUCGAGAAGGGCUAUCGGUUGCCAGCGCCGAUGGAUUGCCCGGAAGCUCUGUACCAGCUGAUGUUGGACUGUUGGCAGAAACAGCGGACCCAUAGGCCUACGUUUUCUAGUAUCACGCAAACGUUGGACAACCUGGCGAGGCAACCGCAGGUGUUGCUAACGACGCGGAACUCACCGGACAACCCGGUGGCCCGGAUGGGCAACGAUAUUAGCGACGAGAUGCUGGCGGCCCAGCAGCGGAGUAUGCUCGGAAUGGGCACGACCGAGCGGAUAUUGAACAGUAGUUCCGGCGCCGGUGGCGUCGUCGGAAGUAGCAUGACGAUGAGCGUGGCCGGAAUGGGUACGCUCGGCUCAACCGUCGGAGGACUGAGUAAUACGGGAACCAUGUCCGGGACGGGCAGUGCCGGAGCGGUGUUCAUCAGCACCGACCAAUGGCUGGAGAGUAUCAAGAUGUCGAGGUACUCGCAGCACUUCAAGGAAGCCGGACUGGUGACGGCUCAGCAGAUAUCCCGGUUAACCGCCCAGCAGCUGUCCGACAUGGGUAUCACGCUCGUUGGGCACCAGAAAAAGAUUCUUCACCAAGCGCGACAGAUAGAUACCAUAAUUUAAGUGUCAACAGAACCCAUUCCACCACCACCACAUCACAUACACAGUUACAGUACUCUUCUUCUCCCGUUGAAUGUUUAAGAAAGCAAUCGCGCGAAAGUAGUAGUGCAUGUCCAACGACGGGAACAACGAACGAAGAGAGCAUGACUUAUCCUACUACAACAACAACAACAACUACUAUUACUACUACUACUACGAAAGCAUGGACUUGAUUACGACGGAAAUAGCACAUCACAAAGUACCGAAACCAACUACCGAGGUUGGUUUUCCUUUUUUCAAUCAACGAUCCCAGUUCAAAUUUGUUUCAGUGUAUUUAUUACUAACUAAGUUCAUUCCCAUCGCGCGCGAAGCAUUCACCUUUUUUUAAGCGAGAGACAGAGAGAGAGAGAGAAAAGAAUAGUGUGAGAAAAUGUAGUGACAAAGAGGAGACUGCAUCAACCUGUACACAUGUUUAUACAAUUAGCAUAAAAGAAAACAGUUAUAAUUGAUAAUUCUUUGCAAAACGAAUCUAAUUUAAUUUCCGAUGGUGAUUGCACGAGAGCGCGAGCGACAGAAAGAGAGAUUAAAAUGCAUUUAUAUUUUUUUUUUAACUCGUACCUAACUUAAUUCAAACACACACAGACAGACAAGUGAUCGUUACUUAAGCGUAAUCUCAGAAACUUUUGUUCCGUUUUCAAGCUGAUUUUGAUGAGCGUAGAGGAGGAAAAAAAAAACAAUGUCGUUAACAACGCAUUAUGCAAACGAACGAAAGAGAAAGGGGAAAAAAUGUGAUUUUUAUACAAUAGCAAUAGGUAGAAGAGAGCGAGAGAGAAAGCGAGAGAGGAAGAGGAGGAAAGCUACUAAAACAGACUACGCAAUCAUCACCACCACCACCACCACAAACUGAUAUUAAUUAAAGGAGUAACAGUGAAACAGCAGAAACAAUUACGGAAAGACAGCGAGAAUCGUUCUUGCUUUUUCUAGGGAGGUAUGCACCGGAAUCAGUGAACGCAAGAGAGAGAAUAUCGGAAAGGACUGUGUAUUAUAGAUCUUUUUUUUUUACGAUGAUGGUCUGAAAGUAAGUUUUAGUUUAUUUUUUUUUAACCUAUCAGUUCUCUUUCCUUUCAUUCUGUUGUGUAUAGAAGUAUUUCAACCUAUUAUUAUUAUUAUUAUUAUUAUUUUAUUGCUAGUUAGCUAUGAUGUUUAUUUCUAAUUUAAUCGAGAGCUAGUAGUUGUGAAAAAGGCAGCAAACACGAUGGGUAAGCUUUAUUUUGUGAAAUAUUGCACACUGCCUAGUUGUUUUAAGUAAUAAAAUGAACAGUGAGAUUAGAAGUGUUGUUUGUUUU